UAUAGGCCAGUGCAGUGCUGUGAAAUAGUGUCGAGGCAAAAAUAAUAAAAACUCCGACGUUUAUGUGAAGUAGUAUCAUAACCACCAUUGAAAAUGUCAGUGCAUUAUAAAUUCAAAAGUACACUCAAUUUUGACACAAUCACGUUCGACGGACUUCACAUUUCUGUGGGCGAUCUGAAAAGGGAAAUUGUACAGCAGAAAAGAUUGGGUAAAAUAAUAGACUUUGAUCUGCAAAUAACAAAUGCGCAGACAAAAGAAGAAUACAAGGAUGAUGGAGUCCUUAUACCAAAAAACACCACCCUAAUCAUCUCACGAAUACCCUUGGCUCAUCCCACGAAGAAGGGCUGGGAGCCGCCAGCCGAAAAUGCGGCACCUGCUGCCUCCUCCAACAAGCAGGAGAACUUCAAUAUGGAUCUCUCCAAGAUGCAAGGCACUGAAGAGGACAAAAUCCAUGCAAUGAUGAUGCAGAGCACCGUGGACUAUGACCCAAAGACGUAUCAGCGUAUUAAGGGACAAUCUCAAGUGGGCGAAGUUCCCGCCUCGUAUCGUUGCAACAAGUGCAAGAAAACUGGUCACUGGAUCAAGAAUUGCCCGAAUACAGGCGGCAAAGAUCAGUUUGAGGUGAAGCGAACCACUGGCAUACCGCGCUCCUUCAGGGACAAGACGGAAACGGCAACCGAGGAAGAGGCAGCCAUGUUUGUAAUUCCAGCGGAGCAGAGUCAGGAAAUUCCCGAGGAUUUAAUCUGCGGCAUUUGCCGGGACAUUUUUGUCGAUGCCGUCAUGAUACCCUGCUGUGGCAGUUCCUUCUGCGACGACUGUGUGCGAAAUUCGUUGCUGGAGUCCGAGGAAAGCGAAUGCCCGGAUUGCAAGGAGAAGAACUGUUCACCGGGUUCCCUGAUACCAAAUCGGUUCCUCAGAAAUUCUGUGAAUGCUUUCAAAAACGAAACUGGCUAUACAAUGCGUGCCGCCAAAUCGGUUGCAGUUAAAAAGGUGGAGAAACCCAUUGAUGAAAAGCCGCCAGGCAGUGAGGACAAACCUAUCGAAGAGAAGCCAAACAUUGAGGAGAAACCCAUUGUGGAGAAGGUGGAGAAGGAGCCAGCCGCCGUGGAAGUGGCCAGCAAAGAAAAGAGUCUAAAGCAGGAGGAGCAGCCAGAGACAAAUGGCAACAAGCACACGCAUCCGCCCAAGGUGACAUCUCUGGAACCAGCUGAAGCUAAACCCACAGCUAUAACCACAACAGAUGGCAAUGCGCAUCACUCACAAAAGGAAAAAGAAAAGGAAAAGGAGAAAGAAAAGGACAAAUAUGAUUCGGAUUAUGAGGAUAAUAUAACUAUAACGAUGCCCCAAACACUGGCCGAUUCAGCAUCGAUUGUCUCCAGCAAGAUGUCCCCCACGUAUCCAAGGAAACCUCCUGCACAUCAUGUGUCCCACAGACGCGAGCAUAAAAUGGAUUACAUGUCCGAGUCCGAUAUGAAGCGACGCCCAACAACGCAGUCGCAAUCACAAUCGGACUCUGGGAAGCCACACAAUGAACGUGGGGAACGUGGGGAACGUAGCCUCCUGCCCACGCCCAUCUCGACACACCAGAGCUAUCAGGGUCAUCAUGUGGUGAACGAGCCGGAUGAGGUGCAUCGCGGAAAUGUGUACAAGCCGCCGUAUAUGCAAAUGCCUCGGGGUCCGCCCCCAUUGCAUAUGAUGGGCCACCACAUACCGCCACAGUACAGCAAUGGAUACAAUAAUAUGGGACAGCGGCCGCCCUUAAGCUUUGUGCCGUACCAGAACCAGCCUGUGCAUCCCAUACGGGCGCAGUAUGGACCCUCGGGCGGAAAUAUGAACAUGAACAUGUCCCAACAGUUUCAGUCCCCAAAUUUAGCCUCUAUAUAUCAGGGCGUGGCAGCAAAGGUUGGCUCCGGCCUCAUUGACGAUCCUCUGGAGGCCUUCAAUCGCAUUAUGAAGGAGAAGGAGCGACAGAAGUCAGAGAGAUUUCGUAGCGUAGAUCAUCAUAGGUCCAGAUCGCCGGAUAGGCAAAGGUCGCACCGCUUCAAGUCGCCCGUGUACGAGAAAGAGUCACUGCGAGACCUCAAUCUAAAGGAUAAGCGACCUAGAUCGCGGGAACGAAAGCGUGAGUAUAGCUACGAGCGACACACGCGACACAAUCGGCCCAGUCGUCUCGAUGGCUCCAAGUCGCCAAUAAACAAAAUGAAAAGAUCUGCGCCACGUCGUUCCAUAUCCCCAAAGGGCUCGUAUAAAUCAGACUUCAGGGAUAAGUCAUAUUCCAAGCCCAGUGCACCAAGACUUGAUCCAAUUGAACCGCCACCGCCAGGGUUCGAGGGCAUGCAGCUGUUUGAUGAAGCGGCGGCCUAUAAACCGAAGCACCACCUGGGCAGCAGUGGGGGGCAUGCGAAGAGAGGUGCUGUCGCCGACGAUGAUAUGCCACGCAAGCGGCAAAGAUCGCGCAGCAGAAGUAAGGAAACGCAUCAAAAACUGAUCGACACUAGCUUCAGAAGCCUGACUCCUCCCCCAGCGAAAAUAGCAAUUACCGGUGCGAGGCAGCCGACUGUUGGCUCCAGCCACGAUCACAGAGAACGGACGCCCAAGACGCCGGAAAGAGGACGGGAAGAGUAUUGUGUGCAGCCGAUACCCCGAGCGGUACGUAGUCCGAAUGCAGUUCCAGAGGCAACUCCUGUCAAUUUCUUGGAUGGCAUCGAAAAUGCGGGGAAGGAGAACAAGAGCAAGAGUCCUCUGACGUUGAAGGAGCGCAAGAAGAAAAAGAAGGACAAGACUGAACGUAAGAAAAACAAAAAAGACAAGAAGGUCAAGAAGGAAAAGGAGAAGCACGAGAGAGCCAAGAAGAGUUCGUCCAUGAAUCGAUCCGAUUCGGAGCUCAACAGCAUGCAACAAAUCGAGCAGACAUGUAAGAUAACUCCCCCCCUAAGGGCUAUGGCCGAGAGCUUUGACAAAUAUGAAUCUGCCUCGAACUCCCCAGCCCAGGGCAGCAGGAGCCAUGAGGUUGUGAAACCCAUUAAGGCUCUAUUUGCUGUUGAGGCUCCACACAAGCAUCAUUUUGGUGAGGAGAACGUCAGUGCCUCCUCCAGAGGUGGCAAGCGAAGUGACGCUGCGUCGGCCAAUGCGAUGAACCUUUCCAAGUGGGAACUGGAGGAGAACAGCUUGUCCUGCAAUUUCGAUGAUAGCUUCAAGAGGUCGGGCUCUGUCAACUCCACUGGGGAACACAAUGAGAUCACCUCGGAUGUUAUACGCAAGGCAGAGAAUGCGAUCUUCGCGAAGGCAAUAAACGCCAUCCGACCUGUCGAAUUUCAAGUUGUAAUAAAUUCCAAGGGCAACAGCAAGGACCGCUCCGUAUCCAUACGAAAUGAUAAUAAGGAUCGCUCGCUCUCGCCGAAGCAGCGCCCCAGCAGCAAGUCCGUGAAGGAGCGACUGGGCAACAAGGUGGUGCGUGAAAGAAGUCGCUCAGAGGACAAGUCCAGAGGAGGCAAACGGCGUGAGAUUGUGGCUAAAGUUGCAGGUGAUGAUGAUGGCGGCUACAGGGGCCGAGCGGACAGGGCCCACAGCGGGUCCCGGCGGAGGGACAAGCAAUCGAGGGAUAGGGACAGAGACAGAGCACUCUCCACAGAGAAAAGACACUCGCAGCAGGCAAGAGGCGGGCGGACGCUACCCGAGAGCGAUAGACAAAGGCGGCCUUACAAGGACGCCAAGCACCACGAUAAGUUCGAUCAGAUCAAUAUCCACGACUCGGAUCGAAGGGGAGUCCGAAGCGUCAAGUCGGGCGAAGGACGCAUUGUGUCGUCCGUGUCUGUGGCAGCCGCGCCGCCGAAGCCAUGCCGCCCAGAUAAUCCGUUUAGACGUGCCGGUGACAGCAGUUCGUCGAGUAAUUUAGUCUUAAAAUAUGAUAACACGAUACAGAAUGAUGGAUCGUCGCAUCCAGCAAGCGGCCGCUCGGCACCCGAGAAACAAAAGGAAAAGGAUAAGAAACUUAAGAAACAUGCUAAAUAUUCGUCAACCGAUUCAUUGAAGAGCGAGAAGCGCAAGGAGCUGAAGAGCAAACGCAAGAACUCCAGUCCAUUCCCGCAGGAGUACGCCAGAUUAAUUAAACUCUUUCUGUGUGAAUUCUGUUUAAAAUAUACAAAAAGUCGCUCUGUGCUGGACAGGCAUCAGAACAAGUGCAUCUGGAAGCAGCCGCCGGGCACUGAGAUAUUUCGCCAGGGGAAUAUUUCGGUGUUUGAGGUGGAUGGCAAUGUGAACAAGAUUUAUUGCCAGAACCUGUGCCUGCUGGCCAAGUUCUUUUUGGACCACAAGACGCUCUACUACGACGUGGAGCCCUUUCUGUUCUAUAUCCUAACGAAGAACGAUCAGAGCGGUUGCCAUUUGGUGGGAUACUUUUCGAAGGAGAAGCACUGCACACAAAAGUACAAUGUCUCCUGCAUCCUGACCAUGCCGCAGUACCAACGGCAGGGCUAUGGCCGUUUCCUGAUUGACUUUAGCUAUCUGCUGAGUCGGGAGGAGGGACAGCUGGGCACGCCCGAGAAGCCGCUCUCGGAUCUGGGGCGUCUCUCCUACUUUUCGUACUGGAAAUCCGUGGUCCUCGAGUAUCUGUACAAGUAUCGCAAUCAGUCAAAGAUCACCUUCAAGGACAUUGCCAUCAAAACGGGCCUCGCCAUAUCGGACAUUGCGCUGGCCUUCGAGCUGCUGAAUUUUAUCAAAUUGCGAAAGAACGACGGGGACAUUCGGUAUCAGAUAAACGUAAAAAUCGACUGGAAGAAGGUUCUGGCACACAACAAUCGCAUGACGAACAGCAGGACGCGCAUUCUCAUCGAGGCCGACUGCCUGCGCUGGAGUCCCCUGUUGUCUGUGUCCAAGUUGCCAAACAUCAUCAAACCAAUCUCCAAUCGGGAGUACUUGAACAACCAACUGAUGCAGAAAUCCGACCACAAGGAGAAGGAACUUCCCUCUCCCGACACCAAAGUCGUGGUGGCUAAGCAAAGUAUUACCACUGCGAAGCCGGAAGCGAAUCCAGCGACCAGUGGCAGCGAUGAUCACAUCAAAAAUCGCAUCGCUGAGAGGCAGGAAGAGCAGCGGGAACAACCGCGAAAGCGACGCUCCAGCGAGGAGUUAUUGAAGCUGAACGCAAGCGUGAGCAAGAAGAUAAAGCUAGCUCUGGAGCAGCAGGCGGCGGCCGAUGAUCACUCGUUUGGCGACAACUCGGACUCUUCCGAUUGCAAGUCCUCAAAGAACUCGAACGAGCUGUCCGAGCACUUGACCAAACGAGCGCAGAGACUGGCGAAGCGCAAUGAUGGCGUCAUGAUUCCGCACACGAACAAGCGAAAGCAUUUCGAGCGGCAACUAGACAAUAGUGUCGAGCAGAGCUGCGAGCCAGAGACGACGCUUACGGUGGACGCUGCAUCUGUCGCGGAAGAGCCACACUCCAAGGACGUCUGCAGGAGUCAGGCCGAAAAGACUGAACAUACCGACAAGCCUGUCAAUAUCGUGCCCAAGCUCAGGGGCAAGCAGUCCAAUGGCAAGCGAUCCGAGGAGUCGCAGUUUACAGAAGCCACAGAGGCAGUAGCAGCACCUGCUGCAGCAUCAGUUUCAGCGCCAGCUGCAGCACCCAGCAAACAGUCAGCCACUGAAGAGCAGCCGUUGAAAACAGCCAACGCUGAUGUCGCUGUCAAGGCAGCAGCCGAGCCGGAGAAGAGCGAAGCGGAAGGCAACAGUAGCAUCAGCGAGCAGGUCCUAGAUGCCGUGGCCAAGAAAACUAAAAAGACUGUCUUCUCCGAUUCAACGUCCUACAAUACGAACACUGAGAGCGAAGUCAAGUUUAGCGUAACGCAAAAGUCCACGGAGCAUGCAAACGAACCAAGAAAAGAGGCGACGGACGUCAAGGAGCAUAAACUGCUGCAGCUUGAAGCUCCAGCACCAGCACCAGCUCCAGCUCAACCUGCACCCGCUGCUCCAGCUCCAGCUGCUCCAGAGCUGAAGAUCGUGCAACCCAAGAGUCCUGUCGUGGUGGAGAAAAAAGAAGAACCUCCUGUGCUGGCCCCACAGCAGCAGCCUGUGGCAGUGCUGGUAAAGACUGGCAGUCCCGUUCGCAUGACAGAAGAAAAGAAACCAAAUCUGGAUUUGAGCUGCCUGAAGCCAGAGGCAUCGGUGUUUACGGAACUACUGCCGCCAGUACAGCCACCAGCUCCAGUGGCUCCUCCUGCGGCAGUAACGCAUGAAAAGCCCAAGGAAAUUGCAGCUGCAAUGCCACACGAAGCGCCAGUGCCGGUGCCCGUUGCGCAGAAACCAAUGGAAGUGAAAAAACUCGAAGUGAUGGCACCCACACAUCAACCAGCUGGCAAUGGAAACACGAAUAUCAAUGCCCAUCAGCGUGCGGAGGCUACACAUUCCUAUGUGGAUCCACCAAAGCCGCAGCCACAUCUCCAUCUACAAGCGCAGGCUCAAGCUCAGCCACAGUCACAGGCACAGCCACAGCCAUUCAAAGAACCUCCCACAAUGGAAAAGAGUAAUCAGCUGAUGGCCAAGGAUAAUGCGGAUGUCAAGGAGAAGCCAUUGAAGAAGCCCGUGCAGGAGACAGUGCAGCCUGUGGUAAAGCCCGAGGUGCAUCAGGCCUAUGCCGCAGAAAGAAAGUUUGACGCUGCCAAGAUGAAAGCGUUGCCCGAGAGGGAUGUGGUGAAGCCAGACCAUCACAUGGUGCAAGUGAAGGAGGAGGACAAAUCGAAUACGAGAGGACACCCAGCUCCUGCUCCCCCUCCCUCGAACAUGGUGCCCGUGGUGCGGGAGAAACUGCAGCUGAAGGGAAUACCAGAGCACACGCAGCUGCAGAAUCCGAUUCCCAGUCAGUUUAACAUCAAUCAGAUGCCCAACUAUCACCACACCUCGCAGUACUGGCAGUGGGACUACUACAGCUACAAUCUCCACUUGGAUUCGGCCACGCAGAAGGGCCAGAAGCAGUUCCAGAAGGAUCUGGCCACCACCAUGGCCUACACGCACAAUCUAACGCAGAAUCUGUAUCAGUCGGCCAACCAUCUGGCCAUGCACCACGCGGCCACACACCACCAGAUUCAUCAGACCAAGGAGAAGCACAAGCAGGAGCGCAAGAACACGGGCAAGAAGGAUGAGCAUCCGAAGCUACUGUCCAGCGGAAAUGUGGUCAGUGGAUCGCGAGAGGAGGCAGCUCAUGGUCACAGCAGCUGCAACGAGUACGGCGUGAACAAUCAGGCGGCGAUCUACAAUCAGAAAUGUGCCCCACAGCAGAAGAUGUUCAAGCCAUCGCCGGAGCAGGCGCAGCAAAUGAAGUCCCUGGCCAAUGCACAGAACGCGGUGCCACGACAGGGCAAUCCCAAUGCCAAUCCGAUUCCCAACCAAGCUGAAGCGUCGAGUCUGCUGCCGAAUUCGGUUAAUCCACAGACAGGAGGUUCCGUUGCGCCCAAGCAGAAGCUCGAGCACGGCGUCAACGCAGUUCCAGUGAUUUCGCGAGAGAGUAAAAUUAAAAUUGGUCAUCCAAACAUUCACGCAGCGCCGCAACACUCGAACCUGCAGGUGCCCGGGCAGUCCGAGGUCAAUCCGAAUAUGGUCUACAGCCCGGAGGCGGCGGCAUCAGGCAUGCAACAGCAGCAGCAACAGCAACAACAGCAGCAGCAACAGCAGCACUACGAUUGCGGCAUCAAUGCGCAGAUAAAUAUGGAAUCACCCGCCAACAUUGGUAGUGCCAUUAAUCACGGCACCGACAACAUCCAGGCAGCCACGUCCAAUGUGCACAUGCAUCAGCCUCACAGGCAGUACUCGGAUUGCUCCAUGCAGAACCAGCCAGUCACCACGCCCAUGCAUAUGUCCAUCCAGAACUCGCACAUGCAGCAGCAGAACAAUCUGAAUAUGAAUUUAGCACCCGAGGGAUCGCCCAACAUUAGUUUACUGAGCAACGCCCAGCAGCAGCAACAGCAGCAACAACAGCAACAGCAACAUCAGCAUCAGACGAGGAAGUUGAAUACGCAGGCGGAUAAUGCAAACGUUAGUUCCCCCACACCGUCGCAUCGUGCCACGACACCCAAGCAAAUACGCAGUGGCAAUGCUGCACAGCAGCGGGAUGCCAAAAACUCUUCUGCGACAGCCACAACGACAAAUGCGCAUCAUCAGAUACCGCAGGGCGCCGCUUCGAAUAUUCCAAAGUCGCAUCAGGAGUCGUUGCACAAUCUGCAGUAUGGACACCAGCAGAAUAUGCAGCCACUGGACUAUGUGCCGAUACCACAGAUCAGCCAGAACUUUGCGACGAAUCCCUCGAACUAUGACAUUGUGGGCAUGCCGCCAGCUGUCAUACAGCAGAGGAUGUCGCUCAAUAGUUCCGUGCAUCCGCUCGCGAACAGCCAUCAGCGCAUCGAGCAGCCGUCCUCGGCGUGUGCCGUCAACAACUUCUACUUGCAAAACAACAUGCCCGCCAGCGAGAAUGCUCCGCGUGUGCCAGUGUCCAGUUCGUUGGGUCCGCCAUCGGCUGGAGCGAACAACAACAACGACCAGCGGCAGGCCACGCAAGAGUCCAUCUCGGGUUCGAACAGCAGUGGCAGUGGCGGCACCAGCGGCGGCUCCUCUCUGGCAGGCAAUCUGUGCAGUCUUUCGAAGCUGCAACAGCUAACGAAUUGCCUCGAGAGUCAGCCAUGCAACACGUCGCCGGGUGCUCAAGUAAAUCUAGCGCCAUCGCCGCAUCAUCCGAUACCACCCAACUCAAUGACACCGCCACCGCACCUGCUGAUGCAGAACAGGAACAUAUCCACGCCACCCAACAUGCUGCAGACGCAGGUGGCACCGCUGCAGUACCACAAGUACUAUCCCGGCAACAUGAACAUUGCGCCAAUUGCGUCCACGCAGAAUCCCAGCCGGAAUACGCGGAACACACCGUCCGCACCCGUGCAGCACACCUCGGCGCCGAUGAGCAGCACAAACAAUCGCACCCCCAAUGUACACAUCAGUCCCAAUCUGAUGGCCUCCUAUGGGGCGAUCAACAGCUACAGAAUGUCGCCGCAGCAGUCCCCGCCCACCGGCGGCUACAGCUCAAGCGGCGAGUAUCCCAACUCCCAGAUCCCGAUGCAAAUGGGCGUCAUGAAUAUGCAAUCUCAGUACCAAGAUGCAUGCGUGUUGCAGCGAGCGACGCAAUCCAAUCCGAUGUAUCCAACGUAUUCUCCCUACUUACCGCUCAACGGCUCCAUCCGCCGGUAAGGCGGGGAUUCACACAUUUUAUAUAUUAUUGUAUUGACUAUAAUUCCUAUAGAAAUGUGUGCUGUAAAUAUUAAAUCCUUAAUAUAUAUAUUGUCAAUUAAUAAAAACCCAAA